AUGAGGGGGUUGCUGUCUCACAAUAUAGGGGCAAUGAAACAUCCUGAGUACCCCCGAACGGAUAGCGAUGCUUCCUACACGCGGCCGCUCACUAUGGAUAGUGCUCGCGCAGCUUCGGUAUCUGGGAGCGCGCAAAGUGGUUUACCUGUAGUGUCUUCCAUGCAGAGGACACACCCCGGUUCCCCACGCACUACGGUUGCGUGGGAUCGGCGCGACGCCAACGCUGGAAAGGCUGAGCCACAAACGGCUAUCGAUAUGCUGGCGACAGCGUUGUUGCAGCCCUCGCCAAAGGCGUUUGUGGAGUCCGCUCACAUUAACCGCUCGUCCACCCCCAAAAAGGUGCGUACGCCACCGGUGAAGCACGGUUCACCAAACAAGCAAGGUCCCCGGUGUCACGCUCGGUCGAGCAAUGGAGGGACUGACGGUGCCCUACGGCUGAAAGCCACCACUCGCUCAGAGAAGCCGGAAGAAGUGCCCCCGGUGGGUACCGGAUGCUCUGCUACUGAUGGUGCCAAACUGACAACUGACGAAAGGGUUCUAAUAGGGAGGACUGCGUCGGAUUUGUACCUCUUUUCAAAAACGAAGACAAAGGGAGGAAGGAGUGUGGGCCGGCAAAGGAAGCGUCUUGAGGGACAAGCGUCAGAGAUGACCAUUGCGGGGAAGCGUGUUUGUGUACAUGAGAAGACCCCAGCAACUUCUCGCAAGGAUCAGCUGCUCGCACAUCCCAACAUGGUUAUGACAACUAGUAAUGGCAGUGACAGCCAGGAUAGUUCUCAGACGACCGAUUCAAGGGAUGGGUGGUGGGAAGAGGGGAAGGGGCAGGUUGUAAACCCACUCAGCGUCACUAAGUUAAAGGUUCACCAAAGUGUUGACGAUGGUGACACACCCUUGCCGAUUUCCAUUGACGUAAUGUGUUCCACACCCGACAAUUCUGAGGAGAUCGCCGAUAGCGUUAGCUCAGUGGGGAGCUCACUGUGCAGUGGCACCGCGUCUCUGGUCAAGGGUCAAAUGGACAUUAUUCCCAACCUCACGGAGGAAAAUGGUUCUGAUCAAGGUGUCUCCCAUAGGGGAGAAGACCUAAGCGGCGAGGUUAAAUCGAAGGAAUCAUCGCAGUUACUGGUUGGUGAAAAUGGAGUCCUUGAUGCGCAAAGGCGUCUUUCGUCAGUGAAGAAGGCAUCUGAUUUCAGGCUCCAGAGCGCCGGAGCAAAGCCGCCAGGAAAGUUGGUUGCAACCGGCGAAAGCCUGCGCGGUGCCGGUGAUUCCUGCGAGAGUGCCGCACACAAAGUAGAGGAGAUAAGCAAGAAAACUAUGGAGGUGCUGGACCAAGUACGAAAUAGUUGUUUGACAGUGGCUCCAGCACCUACCAACAUCGCGACGGGGAGCCCCCCUGGUGUGUCCGUUGCAAGGAAUCCAUCCAAUGUUAGUUCCAUCAAGCCCAUUUCGUGUGGCUCCGCCGGCUGUAGGAAGAACCAAGAAGCGGUAGUGAGUGAGAAGACUAGUAAAGAUUUGGCCAUAGAGGAGCAGCGUGUUCUCAUGGGGUACCUUUCAGCGUCCGAGUUGGAUCUCUCCAUGUCAACCUUCAAGCAGAUUGGAUGCUCUCUCCGAGUCUCAAAAGCACUUCGUGUGCUGAACCUGAAGGGCUGCACGGCAAGUGAGAAGGGACUGUGUGGCCUGUCAGAGGUUGAAAGUUUAGAGGUUGUGUGUGUUUCACAUAUGCGAAACCUUACCUCCCUGACAGUACUGGCUACGCGUCAGGAUGGUCUCUCGUCAAAUAUCCGAGAGAUCGACGCCCGGUGCAGUUCUGUUACCAGUGCUGGUCUUUCGGGGUUAGACAAGAUGACGUGCCUCUCUAAACUCAACCUAAGCCUCACACCAGUGACGAGUGUGAGUCUGCUCGGGGGAUCAACUUCCCUGAUGGAGCUGAAUCUUUCCGGCACUGCUGUGACGAGCGAUGGGCUACUUGGGUUGGAGAAGAUUCCCUCACUGACCACACUCAAUCUCAGUCGCACUAAAGUAAAGUCACUCCAAAAGAUUGCCGAAUCGCAGACGCUGGAAAAUCUAAAUCUGUACUCGUGCAGGGUUGAUACCAGUGAUGUGCGGGGAGUGGAGUGUAUGCCUCGGUUGAAGUCCCUUGACUUCAGUACCACAAAAGUGUCCGACCUUUCGUUUCUUUCCUCAAGCCCUUCACUGAAAACGUUGAGGGCACAGUGGCUUACUUUGAGGAAUUGUGGUGGUAUUACUGAGGGUCGGUACAGCAAGCGUAACAUUUCUGGUGGGGAUACAAAAUUAUUCGACUUUAUUGGAAACAUAAGGGGAAAUAACUUUCCGUGCUGGGAAGACCCUGGAAAAGAGGACCAAGACGUCGAAGCCGGUGUUUGUGGGUUGGCCAAAAUACCCACGCUAGAGUUUGUCGAUUUAUCGUAUAGUUCGGUUAGCAGUGUUCGUUCGUUGUUUUCUAGCAAAUCAAUCGAGACGAUUGUGUUGCGCCGCACCCCGAUUGACGACAAUGGUAUCAAAGAUAUUGGGCAGCUUCAAACGCUGAAGACGCUUGUGAUUAAUAAUUUGGGCGAUCUCAUCUCCGAAGGCGGUGACGAGAAUUUAUCUGAGACGAAGGGCGUUUUAGUUUCUGUCAAAGAUAUUACACUGGCUUUCGGCAUGGUUAUCCUCGACCUAUCCUUUACGGACGUCUAUGACCUUCGUAUGAUAACGUCUUUAAAAUGUCUCAAGGAACUAUAUCUUGUGGAGACCCUCAUCACCGUCGACGGAAUCCGUGGGGUGGAACAAUUACCUUCUCUUCGGCUGCUCGAUAUUUCCCAGACAAGUGUACUUUCGUUGGAUUUCCUCUCGGAGGGAUGCAAGGCGCUGGAGCAGUUAUUUGUCAAAUCCAACCGUAAUACAAGCGGCUUUUGUAUCGGAAAAAUAUAUCGCCUUCCCAUGCUUAAGGAACUCGACGUCAGUGACACUGUUGUAGAGGACAUUUCGGCACUCCUGCAUUCUUCAUGCACACUUCAACGGUUUGUUUGCCGUUGGGGGGAGCGGAGGGUCGCAAAUGGCCUAACGGAGCCGUUGACUCCUUGGUUGCGACCUGCGUUGCUAGAUGGCAUGGAUGCGCUUCCCCAUUUGGAAAGCAUUGAUUUCACAAACUCCACCCUUCGAUCCGUCACGUUCCUCGCCCGUUCACGUUCGCUUCGGCGUAUUGUGUUGGGGCGGAGCAGUAAUCUUUCGAACAACGGCAUCGGUGGUCUCGCCCAGAUCCCAACUUUGGAGGCGUUGGACCUUAGUUUUUGUGCUCGCAUCAGUGACGUGCGGCCACUUGUAUCAUCGUCUUCUUUGCAGGAGUUAAGGUUAGUUGGAACCGGUGUGACGGCUGUCGGACUCCACGGCGCAUUGCAAAUGAAGGCGCUGAAACUUUUAGAUGUCACGGGAACUCCCGCAGCAGACGAAUUGAGUGGUAUUAGUAAUGAGGGAGGCCCGGUGCUUGUGGUUAAGGGCGGUGAGGCGUGCAGCACAAACUUUCCUUCAUUAUUCAGGCGGUGCCGAACAAGUCCUGUUGUGAUACUACAGUAA